AUGCAGGACAAGGCCGACACGGUGGACCUCUUUCCCAUGCCGCCGUGUGGCAGCUUCCAGCUCGAGGAGGCCACCAUCGACCAAAUGCAGGAGGCGAUGGCCAACGGCACCCUGACAUCACAGCAAUUGGUCCUGUGCUACCUGGUCAGAACAUACCAAACAGAGGAUUACAUCAACUCCGUGCUUCAAGUCAAUCCUGAUGUAAUGUACAUCGCUGGCCAGAUGGACGCCGAGCGUGCCGCAGGCAAGGUUCGCGGCCCGUUACAUGGCAUUCCGUUCACUGUCAAAGACAACAUCGCCAGCAAAGACAAUCUAGAGACGACCGCGGGUAGCUGGGCAUUAGUCGGGAGUAUCGUGCCUCGAGACGCCCAUGUGGUUGCGAAGCUCCGUGAGGCCGGCGCGGUCCUCUUUGGCAAAGCAACACUGAGUGAGUGGGCCGACAUGCGCAGCAACGACUAUUCAGAAGGCUAUUCCGGACGCGGUGGACAGUGCCGAAGUGCUUAUAACCUGACCCUCAAUCCCGGUGGCAGCAGCUCCGGUAGUGCGGUCGGUGUCGGUGCAAAUGCUAUUGCCUUCUCGCUCGGAACCGAGACUGACGGUAGUGUGAUCAACCCUGCCAUGCGAAAUGCCAUCAUUGGUAUCAAGCCUACUGUCGGCUUGACAUCAAGAGCUGGUGUGAUUCCUGAGAGUGAGCACCAGGACUCUGUUGGUGCUUUCGGACGUACUGUCCGAGACGCUGUCUACGCUCUUGAUGCCAUUUACGGUAUUGAUCCUCGUGACAACUACACUUUAGCUCAGGAGGGAAAGACGCCAGAGGGUGGCUAUACCCAAUUCCUCAGCACUAAGGACGCACUGAAAGGCGCCACCUUCGGUAUUCCCUGGAAAAGCUUCUGGGUCUACGCCGAUGAGGAGCAACAACGUGUCUUGAAGGCUCUCAUCUGUCUCAUCAGAGCGGCAGGUGCUACUAUUAUCAACGGCACUGAAAUUGCCGGAUAUGAAACUAUCGUCAGCCCAGACGGCUGGAAUUGGGAUUAUGGCUCUACGCGUGGAUUCGCCAAUGAGUCGGAAUAUACCGUAGUCAAAGUCGACUUCUACAACAACAUCAGAGAUUAUCUUGCUGAGCUGGAGAACACGAAUAUUCGGUCGCUUGAGGACAUUGUGCAGUACAAUUACGAUAAUGACGGCUCUGAGGGCGGCUACCCAUAUCCGGGAGCCGGAAACCCGGCUUUCGCCUCUGGACAAGACGGGUUUCUUGCUUCUCUUGAGACCAAGGGCGUUCGGGAUGAGAUCUAUUACCAAGCUCUUAACUUUACACAAACAACUACUCGCACGGGCAUCGAUUCUGCUCUAUCACGGAACGGAGGCAAACUCUCUGGACUGCUUGUUCCUCCUGACGUUGGGCAGAGCUAUCAGAUUGCCGCGCAGGCAGGUUAUCCUAUGAUCACUCUUCCAGCCGGAUAUCAUUCAGUUGGAGGCAUGCCGUUCAGCCUGGGUAUCAUGCAAACGGCAUGGGGUGAAGCAGAGUUGGUGAAGUGGGGCAGCGCCAUUGAAGAUCUGCAAUUAUCAUCGGAUAUUCCUUAUAAGCGCCAGUUGCCGAAAUGCUUGUACAUAGCAAAUAGAGUUGCUCAUGCCGCCGAGUACGCCCUUGAAAAUGGAUACGUUCAUAUUGACGCAGCAUGGAUCUACCGCAAUGAGGAUCAAACUGGCAAAGGCAUUGCAGCUUCCGGUGUCUCUCGGAAGGAUAUCUGGGUGACGAGCAAGUUGUGGAACGCACAUCAUCGGCCAGCAGAAGCAGAGAAAGCUAUCAAGCAGUCGAUUUCGAACUUGGGUGUGGAUUACCUGGACCUAUUUCUCAUUCACUGGCCGGUAGCAUUCGUUCCAGACGAGGAUACCAAGCUGGACAAGGACACCAGUAUUGUCGACACCUGGAGAACACUGGAAGACUUCGUGCGCUCGAACUUGACUCGUCACAUUGGAAUAUCCAAUUUCGCCAAGAAGGAUGUCGAGGAGAUCUUGGAUGCCUGCGAUAUCUGUCCAUACGCCCACGAGUUUGAAACUCAUCCUUACCUACAACAGCAAGGCUUUGUCGAUUGGCACCUCAAGAUGGGGAUGAAGGUCAUUGCUUACUCUCCUCUAGCGAACACAAAUCCAACUUAUCACAAAGACUUGUCACCAAUCAUGGAUGACCCCUUCUGGAAGGAUCUCGCAGCCACCAAGAAUGCUACUGUUGCCCAGGCUGUAAUAGCAUGGGGUUUGCAGCGAGGCACGAUCGUGAUUCCGAAGAGCGUCCACGAGAAAUACAUCAAGGAGAAUCAGGGUGCACUUGAUAUUAGCUUUACAGAGACUGAAAUGAAACUCAUUGCGACGCAAGACAAGAAGACAAGGAUGAACAAUCCAGGAAAAGGAUGGGGUGUGGAGCUCUUUGCAGACUUGGAUGAUCCUACGAGGCUGGAUGGGGAGCUGGAGCUAUAA